UGGAAAUCCAAAGGAGAAAGAAGGCGAAGCAUUUUUUUCCGUCAUCGGCGACUGCCCGAUCUUUCCUACCUCCUUCCUCUUCCGCUUUCCAAAACCCUAAGAAUUCAAAAUCCUUUUGCGUCCGCAAAAUGAUUUUUUAGGGCAAUUCUCCAACAUUUCGAUGGGUUCUGGAUUUGAAGGGGACGAGAGGGAUCUGGAGAAGGGAGAGGCCCGGCCCCAGAACCUUACCCAUUUGAACGAUCCGUCGCCGCUGCCUUCUCCAUCGGCUGCGACCUCAGGGCCCGCGCUGGUUUUAUCCAAUUCUGGUAAGGCUUUGGGUAUCUCUGCUUCCAGUAAGGCUUUGGGUGCAUCGGCAUCUAGUAAGGCUUUGGGUGUUUCGCCUUCCAGCAAGGCUUUGGUUCUGUCCAAUUCUGGUAAGGCUUUGGUUCUAUCAAAUUCCGGUAAGUCUCUGGUCCUGUCCAAUUCUGGAAAGCGGAUCGAUCAAGCGGGAAAGAAGAAGUACGUGAAGCAGGUGACUGGGCGGCAUAAUGAUACGGAGCUGCAUUUGGCCGCUGCGCGUGGGGACUUGGAGGCAGUGAAGCAGAUUCUGGGCGAGAUAGAUGCUCAGAUGACGGGAACAUUGAGCGGGGCAGAUUUUGAUGCUGAGGUGGCAGAGAUUCGGGCUGCAGUUGUGGACGAAGUGAAUGAGUUGGGGGAGACAGCAUUGUUUACUGCUGCAGAGAAGGGGCAUCUGGAUGUGGUGAAAGAGUUAUUGCAGUACUCUACUAAAGAGGGCAUUGCCAUGAAGAAUCAAUCUGGAUUUGAUGCUCUACAUAUUGCUGCAAGUAAAGGUCACCAAGUAAUCGUUGAGGUGCUAUUGGACUAUGACCCAGAGCUAAGCAAAACAGUGGGCCAAUCAAAUGCAACACCUCUAAUAUCUGCAGCAACAAGAGGGCAUCUAGCAGUAGUUAAUAAAUUGCUGUCUAAAGAUUCUGGCUUGCUAGAGAUAUCUAAAUCCAAUGGAAAGAAUGCAUUACAUUUAGCUGCUCGGCAGGGGCAUGUAGAUAUUGUAAAAGCAUUGCUUGACAAAGAUCCACAACUGGCAAGAAGGACUGAUAAGAAAGGGCAAACUGCAUUGCAUAUGGCUGUAAAAGGGGUUAGUCGUGAAGUGGUGAAGUUGCUUCUUGAUGCAGAUGCAGCCAUUGUGAUGCUCCCAGACAAGUUCGGUAACACAGCAUUACAUGUAGCAACCAGGAAAAAGCGAGCUGAGAUAGUGUAUGAGUUGUUACUCCUCCCAGACACCAAUGUGAAUGCAUUGACAAGAGACCACAAAACAGCCCUUGACAUAGCUGAAGGAUUCCCUCUGUCUGAAGAAACCUCUGACAUAAGAGACUGCUUGGCACGGUAUGGUGCUGUCAAAGCUAAUGAACUGAACCAGCCACGUGAUGAGCUUAGGAAAACUGUAACAGAAAUCAAGAAAGACGUUCACACCCAGCUUGAACAAACCCGGAAAACCAACAAGAAUGUGAGUGGGAUUGCCAAGGAACUCCGCAAGCUCCACAGGGAAGGAAUCAACAAUGCCACCAACUCAGUCACUGUGGUGGCUGUGCUCUUUGCAACAGUUGCAUUUGCGGCCAUCUUCACAGUUCCUGGUGGUGAUAAUGACUCGGGGGUGGCUGUGGUGGUGGACAGUCCAUCUUUUAAGAUAUUCUUCAUCUUUAAUGCCAUUGCACUCUUCACAUCAUUGGCUGUUGUUGUGGUACAGAUCACCCUGGUGAGAGGGGAGACGAAAUCUGAAAGACGGGUCGUGGAGGUGAUCAAUAAGUUGAUGUGGUUGGCCUCUGUUUGCACUUCAGUGGCCUUCAUUGCUUCAUCUUACAUAGUGGUUGGCCGCCAUAACAGGUGGGCUGCCAUUCUUGUUACAGUUAUAGGAGGAGUUACAAUGGCAGGAGUUCUUGGUACUAUGACUUAUUAUGUGGUGAAGUCCAAACGAAUUCGGUUACUAAGGAAGAAAGAGAAGCAUUUGAGGAGUGGUACCACUUCAUGGCGUCACUCAGAGUUGUCUGAUUCAGAAGUCAACCCAAUUUAUGCCAUCUGAUCUGCCUGGACUCUGGAUCUGCUCGGGUCUCCUAUCUUCCUUCCGGCCUUUUAUCUACAGAAAAAACCAAAAGAAAAGAAACACUGAAAGCAGUUGGGUGACCGGUGUUUUUGUCUGAAAAAGAAAACCAAAAGAAAAGAAAAAAGGAAAAAAAAAAAAAAAAGGUGGGAGCUGUUGGUGUUUUUGAGGGGGGCUUGUGCUGUAAAUACCCGAUCUGGGAACAAGUAGCAUUCCUUAUGGAUUGAUUCUCUGAAGGGGAAUGGAUUUUUCUUGUUAUCAUUAUAUGUAAGAGCAUUAAAGGAAUACCGGUUGAGGGACCUGGAACAGUUGUUGUAUAACUUUUACAUUAUUACUCUGCAUGGCUUAAUCCGAUUUGACCAGCUACUUAUUUGUCUGA